UGUGAGCUGCUGGGGGGUCUGUGCUGGGCUGUGGCUACAGAGCGGCUGCGUGGGAAGCUGUAGCGCUGCGCGGUGUGAGCUGCCCCGCGGGCGGGGCGGGGCGGAUUCCGGGCCCAGCGUGGUGAUUUAAAGCUCAGAUUUUCAAAUAAUGGGAAACAGCUAAAACAUGGCCAAAAUGACUAAUUUGGAAGAAGCUGAAGUACAACUUUCUGAGUUAGACCUACUUUCUAGUAUGUUUCCUGAUGAAGAUGAGUUUAUUGUGACUGACCAGCUGGCUGUAGCAGAACUAAAACAUUAUAUUGAUAAUAAGACGUCAGAGAUCCCAUCUUCAAAAGUUCAGUUUAUACUGAAUAUAAAACAAGAGGUUGCUGAUGCCACUAUGGUAAUGCUUUCUUUAUCCUGUGCUUUACCACUUAACUACCCAGCUGUUCUACCAGAAAUUACUGUCAGGUCACCAUCAAUAAGCCGAUCACAGCAGAUUCAGCUGAACACAGAUCUAAAAACAUACUUGAAGAGAAACUGCAGUGGUGAGGUCUGUGUAUUAAAUGCAAGAGAAUGGGUUAAAGAUCAUGCAGCUGCUUAUAUCGAUAAGGAGCUUUCAUCUUCCUCAGUGACGACAUUGAGGACUAUGCAGUCAGAAGAUGUCAUUUUCACUAGAUUAUGGAUCUAUAGUCAUCACAUCUACAACAAGCAUAAAAGAAAGAAUAUUGUUGAUUGGUCUAAGGAGCUCGCUCUGUCGGGGUUUAGCAUGCCUGGGAAACCAGGUGUCAUUUGUGUAGAAGGCCCACAGAGUACUUGUGAAGAAUUCUGGUCAAGAGUCAGAAGAUUAACAUGGCGGAGAAUUUUAAUUCGCCAUAGAGAGGAUAUUUCUCUGGAUGGGUCACAUGCUGAGAUGCAAAAACAAAGAAAAUUCUCAUCUUUUGAAGAAAAAGUAUUUGAUGCACAUGGUACCAGAGGAAAUCAUAUGGAUCUGGGGCAGCUCUAUCAUUUUUUAGAUGAAAAGGGGUGUGCUGAUGUUUUUCAGAUGUACUUUGGAGUUGAAGGAUGUUAGAUCAGCAAGGAUCCAAUCAAUGAACUUGAAAAAUUAUGUGACAGUCUUGGAUAAAUUAUUCUUUUCCCCUCUGAAAUAGUUGAUCAGUGAGGGGAAUGAUUACUGCUCCUUUAUAAGAUGAAUUCAGUUUUCCAUGAAAACGAAUAUUCUUUUUAAUAAUGAUCUAUAUGAAUGCUUUAAUAUAAAGAUAUUUUUAAGGGAAAGAUAUAAUGAUGCUAAUUACAAAGACAACGACAACAAUAAACGAACAACAGCUCUUUGAGAGAUGCUGUAUGCUAUUUAUAAUCUGAAUUAUUAAAACUUCACCUUGGAGAAGUUAAUUAUAUCUAUGUAAUAUAGUAAAAAAGAUCCAGAUGUUUGUGAAAAGUGUUAGUUUUGGGCAGAGAUACAGCACAUCAUAUUAUAGACAUGGGAUUAUAUAUGUGUGUGUGUGUGUGUGUGUGUGUGUAAAAUAUGGAAUGGGAAGGGAAGCAAACAUGGGUGUGUGAUUUUCCAAUGAUUACAGUUAUUUUAAGCAGGCAUCUCUGGAAAGAAAUGUUGUCUUUUACAUUAUUGAACACUGUAUUUACAUACACUACCAGCAGAUGUUUUGAUUCCAAAACAUUUAUUUAAUAUUUGCUGCUUAUAAUACUUGCAGUUGAACAUGGUGCUUUAUAAAGAUAGGCGUAGAUCCUCCAAAGCCUUACUCAUACACGUAGUUUAUUGACACCAGUGGGACUAGUCACAUGAAUAAGGACUACUCACACAAGGAAAAGAAGGUUUGCAAGAUGGGGUCCACAGAAAAGACACACUUGUUGCCCUAACAAGUUUAUAAUUGAUUAUUUCAAUUCUAUUAUUAUUUCUAUUUUAGUAGUGUUUAAAACUUUGAUCAGGAUUGGUGCCCCAUUGAGCUAGCCACGUACAUAACAAAAAGGCGGUCCUUGCCCCCAAAAGUUUACAGUUUGCAAACUCUUUUUUAUAUAAUUACUCCCACUGACUUAAAUAGAAAUCAUAUAAAUAAGAACUAACACAUGAGAGAGAAUUUGCAGGAUUAGACUUUGUAUAAUUUUGCAUCAGAUUUCAAUAAAUUAAUAUACAUUAAUUCAUAAGAAAAGACUGAACUCUUUAUUAUUUUCCCUAAAGGUAGUAUUCUACACUGUAACGAACUUUGAAAGUUGUGUACAUUUAAUAAGCAGUACACACUGAGUGUCAUGGAUGGUGACAUUCAAAUCUCUUAUGUAAGCAAAAAUUGAUGAGACAGCUUUUGUGGUGGAUAUUUGAUUUCAGCUCACAACACAAUUCUGUUUCCUCUUUCGAACGCUGCUAAAGUAUUGGUCUUUAAUUGUACUAGAAUGGAUUUACUUAAGAUUUAAAGAGUUAUCCAACGUGUACUAGGGAAUUACAGUAUUUUCAAAAAUAUUAGUAGAAACCAUGGUUUAAAAAGAUAUUUCAGUUUGGAACUAUGUUAAUGUAAUUAUCACAAAGAUACAGCAGCAAUUACUAAAAAUGUUCAUUUCCCAUUUAUCUGACCUCUGCAAUCAUUCUAAUAUAGAUGUGUGUAACUAUUUUUAAGGAAUAUCAUAUCAAGCUGUCUUGUUUUUGAAAAAAAAAAAGCACUUCA